AUCCGGCGGCAAGGAACCAAAACAACCAACACAAAGUUUACCACGAAACGGCUUUAAGUUCAUCAUCAUCGAGUGAAAUGGAGCCUGUCACAGUAGCAGAGCUGACGAGUGGGACCUGGGUGAAAACUCGAGAGGCAGUAGCGCGUUUCCGAAAGCUACUUCUGUGCUCUAAAUGCUCCCAAAUCCUGAUUGAACCGGUGUGCCUAGGCAUUUGCGAACACUUACUUUGCAGAUCUUGCGCAGGGCCGCAUGCCGGAGAUGGCUGCAGUGUGUGUCACAGUCCCGCCUGGGUGAAGGACAUCCAGAUUAACAGACAGCUCAGCAACAUUGCGGAGCUCUUUCGCAGUCUGGAGUCCUUGUUUCAGCACCCUGAGCUCCCAGCUGCUGUCGGUAACCCUUCCCCAGGGUCCAGUCAAAAUGCUGUCCUCACAGAGAAGAAGAACUUCAAGAUCUGGUUCAGUCCAAGGAGCCGCAAAGUCCGCUGCCGCGUGGAGAAACCUGCGAAGGCGAUCGUGUCGACUAGAAAAUCGCCCGAGGUGCCACUUCAGCUCCCACCCUCCAGUCUCCUGUCGGUCUUCAAUUUCAACUCCUCCUCCCAGGAUUCUGGCUCCUCCCCCCCUCCCACCGAGGGGGCAGUUCACGGAAGGAAGAAGAAAAGGAAAAGGAGUGCGGGGCCAGUCGGAAAGGCAUCCUGUGGCAGGUUUCAGAACAAGGAGAAGCUGAAGAAGAGACUGCAGGCUGCGAACCAGCAAUGGGGCUUCGGUUCAGGUGCAGCCAUGGAGCACCAGGCUGGAGAGGAGGAAGCGGGCAGGGAGCAUUCUGGGGAUACUGAGAUGAGGACCAGCAAGAGGGUGUCCUUCCGCUACCCGGCCAGCCGGCCUGAGGAGGAACCCCUGGAUGGCCUUCAUGAAGGAGACGCUCAGUUCCUCAGUCCAACGAGGAGAAUUCUGAAGAAGGGGAUGGUGAAAGAAACCGAGCAGUCUAAUGAGGAGCAAAAUGCCUUAGUUUCAAGCAGGCAGUCUCCUCGCAAGCAGCUACCUGAUCCGGAGUUGCUGCUCGAUGGUCUGGGACCUGCUCAGCCAUCUCCCCGCGGGAGCUUGAAAAGAGCCAGGCCGGAGGAGUGUGCGGGCAGCGCCCCGAGCACCCCUAGGCGGCCCAGGCCGUUUGCAUGCCGCCGGAGGAGGCCGAUCCCGAGCAAGGCCGCUGCACCUUCCGCGCCUCCGCCGGACGGCUCCGGACUCUCCGAGGUGCCGGAAGGACCCGCGGAUGAGCAGCGGAAAGGAAUCCCGGGAAGCUCGCUGGUCGGAGAGAACCAUUCGCCAGCCAUCCCGGCCAAAGGGAGGUGGCGUGCAGGGCAACGGCACGGCCACGACAGCCCGGCCCACACGAAAAGGAACCGGAAGGGGGAGACUCCUCUGCACCUCGCUGCCAUCAAGGGGGACGUGGCGGAGACGACACAGCUCCUGGACCAGGGUGCUGACCCCAACCUGAAAGAUCACGCUGGCUGGACUCCGCUGCACGAAGCAUGUAACCUCGGCCACUUGGGUGUGGUGAAGGUGCUUCUGCAGCAUGGGGCGCUGUUGAACACGCCCGGCUAUGAGAACGACUCUCCGCUGCACGACGCCGUGCGCAACGGACACGUGGAAGUGGUCCGACGGCUCCUGGAGUGCGGCGCCUCCCCUGGUGUCCUGAAUAUACUUGGACUCCGACCUAUUGACUGUGCAGGCACUGAAGAAAUGCGCGAGAUCCUGCGAAUGGCUCCUAUGACGCACUCUCCCAUAUCCACACCGCUGAGCCUACCAGCCAGCAUGUCAAAGUCUGCAGGCAUAUUGAGGAAGGAUGCCCAGGUCACUCUGAUUGGUACCAAGCUGACACGGGCGCAGCAGAAACAGCUCAGCUCAGCAGCACAGGUCCUGGGUGGAAAACAUGUUCAGACCUUCUCCAGUGCAGUCACCCAUGUGGUCGUGCCUGAAGGUGGCGUCCCCUCCACCCUGACCGCGCUGCUGGCCAUCCUCGGAGGCUGCUGGGUGGUGCGCUUCAGCUGGCUGGCCGGCAGCCUGCAGCAGGGCACGUGGCUGGCCGAGGACGUGUUCGAGGUGGGUGAGGGGCCGAGGCGGGCCCGGGCCAACAGAGACAACCUGCUGCCGCGGCUGUUUGACGGCUGCUUCUUCUACCUACUUGGAUCCUUCCGGAAGCCGCCCAGAGACGAGCUCCUGCAGCUGGUGAAGGCCGGAGGCGGACAGCUCCUCGCCAGACAGCCCAAACCGGACAGCGACGUCACCCAGACGGUGAGCACGGCGGCGUACCACGCCCGUCCGGGCUCGGACCAGGCGCUCUGCACCCAGUAUGUCCUCUACGACGCGCAGGGCGGCUACAGGCCUGGCCGCGUGCGCCUGGGCAAAGUGUGGUCGGCCCCCUCGUCCUGGCUGCUGGACUGCACCGUGGCCUUCAGCCUCUUGCCUGUGCCAGAGGUCUAGCUGGCUCCCAGGGCCUUCCCCUAGACCGUCGCACUACAUGUGGUUGAUUUACACGGCAGAGAACUCUUCGUGCCUGCCUUCAUUUUGGAGUUGAAUAAAUGGGUCCAAAAUGGGGUGAAUAAAUGUGUUUCCCGACAGCUUUGAAUGCUUGUGUGGUAGAAAUAAAAUAUACUAUUGCAUGCAAAGAAAAACACCGACAUGUCUGCUGGAUGCUCUAAGGCCCAAAACCUAAGCUAUAUAGCAUUGACCACAAUUGCUUGUGUGCAUUAGCUAUUUGUAAGCCAUGAGCCUGAUUAUUCUGGAAACCAAACUGUGUCUAAAAAGGAAAAAGUAAUGUUCUCUUAUGAGAACAGUAUUUCAUGGAACAUUUAGAAAUGUCAGUGUUUUGUACCAGGACAAAGCGACUCUCAGAACUCUGCUAUAUUCAAGUGACUUUGAGAAGUGCUGUGUUCAGUAAUGUCAGAUAAGAGCCUUAACUUUGGCCAGUGCUGUGUGGCUUUCAGUAUGACAUCAGCUAUCUAGAAAAGGCUUCUUUGGGCAUUUCCCCCAAUCUUGGCCUGCUAGUGGAGGAAACACCUGGGUCUUACACUAAGAAAAUAAUAACAACCAAAGCUUGGUAAUUAUUGGCAUGUUUCUGUUUAUGGUAAGUUUUAAGUUUGUUUCAGACUUGGAAGGUAUUGAAGGAGAUUAUAAUCCCUGUAUGUUUAGUAAACGUGUGUGUACGUGUGUGUACGUGUGUGUGCGUGCGUGCGCGCGUGUGUGUGCGGGCGUGUGGGGGGGGGGGUCCCCAGUGAACCUGGUUCACUGGCUUUGAACAUCUAUCGUGUCUGUCAUUUUGUGAGACAAAUUGUAUUGAUGUCUGAAAAGAAGCAAAUUAAGGAAGCACUCCUGUUUCUAGGAGCGACCCCCUUUGUAUGUUGUGUUUAACAUACCAGUUGUAUGAAAACCCUGAAAUGUACUUGUCAAUUUCGCCUUAAAAUUAACCAUGUUGAUAAAACAUUUAAACCUCAAAUGUUUCUGAUCUAUGAACACCUUUCUUUAUAUAAAGCAAAAAUAAAACUCCUCUGCCUUAAGGCCAGCCCUUA